AUGUUUCGCCAUCUCUUUUGGUCAACUCUGCUUCUGGCCAACUGCGUCUCAGCUGGGAUCUAUGCGACCUAUCCUGUUGCGGACACCGUUCUCAGCGCUGGGCGUGUAGCUACUGUUGAAUGGACAAACGACCACAGCAAACCAUCACUCACAGAUAUGGGCCCUGUUAACAUAGACCUGUAUGUCGGGGAGAGCUUCGUAACGACCUUGGCGGAGCAAAUUGACCCAGCGCGUCGCGCAGUGGAUGUCUGGAUAUCGCCCUCUUUGAGACACAAUGGCUCAGACUACCACAUGCGUUUCAUCUGCCAACACCCUCCAGUCACUGCCUAUACCGCGGAGUUCACCAUCACUGAUAUGGCGACCAUCUACCCCCUUGACGGCCUGUCAAUUGAUGCACACGACGAAGAUGCGCCCACCGUGACAUACAUCACCCCAGCACUCACUCUGGUCCUUCCGGACGCGACGAUCGUAUCCAUGCUCAAGCCCACUCUGGUCACCCUGCGUCCUUCGGCGACUGCGCCCCCGUUGUCGACAGAGCAAGCCGACCGGCCAAGUGGUCUACAGAAGGGCGCGGCGAUGGCAACACUUCCGACGCUCGACAUAGAACGCUUCAAGUUCCGCAUCGUCUUCAUCUUUUGGCCGGCCUUGGUCGGUAUAAGCAUGGCUAUGUAA